ACUGUGCAGGCGAAAGAGAUUAUAUUGCCAUUUUUACAACUCCAGAAACAAACCUUUGUAUAAAUCCUAUGUACCCAAUGAUGCAAGAGUUGCGACCAUGUCUGAACAGUAUAUACGUGAAGCUUGAUAACUACUCACAGAUAUUGCGACCCCUGAUGAAAUCUGUCGUGGACCACAAAAUCACAACAGAUGUGACCAAAGAGUCUUUCUGCACAACAUACGAUCAGAUUUUGGACGAAACAGUGGAAGAAUUUAGAAGAUGCCCUGGCAGCAACUUUCAAUGGACAACACAGAAUAUCAAAAUUCUUCGGAAAAAUUACUAUCCAAUUGUAACUGGGAAAAUCCCUCCUUUCGAAUGCAACGAUUCCGAUUCUUGAAAACGUACAAGAGAAUUGAAAUACAUACAUGUAUCUUUAAAUAAAUAAAAUCAAUAUACUUGGGAAUUAUACAUUGUUUUUAUACUUUUCAUUGUUCCUGUGAUUUCAUCCGAA